AUGGCGGGCUCCAAGAAACCAGUCAACAUUUUUCGCUUGAACAAUCUGAGUGAUCCCAAGGAGGUCUUUAACUGGAAGCUAUGGUUUGCGGUUCUGUCCUUUGGCCUCAUGGGUGCUGCCCGGGGGGUGGAUGAGGGCUUGAUCUCAGGGGCCUUUAACUCCAAAGACUUUCAACGGACGAUUCAUCUGGACUCAUACAGUGAGGUCGAGCAGACCAACAUCAAGGCCAACGUGUCCGCCAUGGUGCAGAUUGGCUCCGUGGGUGGCGCUUUGUUUGCAUUCCUCGUGUGCGACCGCAUCGGCCGGCUGUGGGCGACCCGCCAGCUCUGCCUCCUUUGGAUUCUGGGCAUCGGCAUCUUCAUGGGCGUGGGUUCCAACGGUAGCCUAGGGGCUGUCUAUGCCGGUCGGUUCGUCGCCGGGUUGGGCGUAGGCCAGACCGUGGUCGUGGGGCCUGUUUAUCUGGCAGAAAUUGCGCCUGCGUCCGUCCGGGGUCUGUGCACAUGCGUCUUCACUGGGUUUGUCUACCUGGGGAUUGUGCUCGCGUACUUCACCAACUAUGGCUGCCAGGUGAAUAUGGGCGAACACACUCACAAGCGAUGGGAGGUUCCUACCAGUCUGCACAUCAUGUUCGCCGGUCUUAUCUUCCUCCUCUCCUUCCUACAGUACGAGUCCCCGCGCUUCCUCGUCAAGAAGGGCCGACCGGAAGAAGCCUUGAUGAACCUCUCGCGUCUUCGCAACCUGCCGGAAGAUCAUGAAAAUGUCAUGCAGGAGUUCAGUGGCAUUCAGACUGCACAUCAGGCUGAGAUGGAGGCCACCCUGGGGGCGGGCUGGCUGGGGAUCAUCAAGGAGGCAUUCCUGGUGCCGAGCAAUCUGUACCGGCUGUACCUGGCAGCCAUGGCUCAACUGCUGUCCCAGUGGUCGGGCGCGGGGUCUAUUACCCUGUAUGCGCCAGACCUGUUCAAGCUGCUGGGCAUCACUGGCUCGAACGAGUCGCUCCUGGUGACGGCCGUCUUUGGGCUGGUCAAGCUCGCUGCGGCAGUGAUCUGUGCCCUGUUCCUGGUCGAUGUGAUCGGUCGCAAGCGCGCCCUCUUGCUCGGGAUUACCCUUCAGGCCAUCUCGAUGAUCUACGUCGCCAGCUUUCUCACCGCCGUGCCGGAGAUGGGCAUCGACGAUGACUUUCAGCUGCCUGACUCCAAGCGAGGCAGCAGUCGGGGCGCCAUCGCGAUGAUAUACAUCUCCGGGGUGGGAUGGGCGCUAGGCUGGAACUCGAUGCAGUAUCUGCUGACGGCAGAACUGUUCCCGCUACGCAUCCGAGCGCUGGCCACGUCCGCGGCCAUGACGCUGCACUUUGUGAACCAGUACGGGAACUCCCGAGCAGUACCGAACAUGCUGCUCGGCACCAGCGAUGGCGGCAUCACGCCCAAGGGGACCUUCUGGUUCUUCUCCGCGGUGACCGUGCUGGGAGGACUGUGGGUAUGGUUUAGUGUUCCCGAAACCGCCGGACGCAGUCUAGAGAGCAUGGAUCGGUUGUUUGCGCUGCCAUGGUACCAGAUCGGGCGGUAUGGCAACCGAGAUGCGGAGCAGCGUGACCAGCAGGUGGAGGACAAGCAGCAGGUGGUGGAGGAUGCUUUUGGCGGAGCGGAGCAUCGCGAGCGGGUGGAACGGGUGUGA